AUGGCAUCCAACCCAGCAAGCCCCAAGCAGCAACGUAUGACAAACGUCAAAGGCAUCCUGAACCGGCUGUGCAAACUGGAAGAGCUGCUUGGCGAUGACGAACUUCUCGGCGGAGUCGACAUGUGCAGAACCAUUGACGAGUUGAACGGCAAAUUCAACUGGCUGGAGCCGGAGGUGUUCGCGCGUGGGCGUGAAGAUCGUAAGAUCGGGAAAGAGCUUGAGGGGCUGCAGCGCGUUACUGUACGUCAGCGGGAGAAGAUUGAUGAGUUGGAGGAGCAGGUUCAGGUGCUGAAGGGGCAGUGGACUUCGGCUUCACCACGAUGGAUGGAGCGUGUGGAGCAGUUGGAAGCGCUCGUUGCGCGGUGCGAUGUGUUAGAGGGAGAAAAGCAGGAGCUGGCAGUGCGCGUCGGUUGUCUUGAGAAGGAGAAGAAUGGGCAUGCAGAGCGGAUCAAACGACUGGAGCGGAGGGCGGACAAACGAAUGGCUAAUAUUGGCCUCCCGGUCCCGGAAGUCGCAACGAGCAAACAUGCAGACCUCGUCGAUGAAUCAAGGCAGGCAGCGAGCAAACAACCCGAUCGUGUCCCAGCUCCGCCACCGAGAAGCAAUGCGCAACCGAGCGCAGCCGGCAGACCCCCCGCGAGCGUGAAGCAGGCGUAUGCAACACCAUUUACAUCCCUCAUCGAAUCAGUCUCAGUUUUGACAGCACGGGUCGAUCGCCGAGAACACGCAGACGAUCAGCAAUGGAAUUCAGUGCGUGCCCAUAUCGGUCAGUUGCAGAACGCGAACACCGCGCACGUUACGGUAACGCAGACAGUUAACGGCCGGCUUGAGCAAAUUCACAACCGCACCGUGCUGCUGGAGAAGAAAGCCGGGCAGCUGGCAGAAAGCGUGCUAAAGUGUAGCGAUCAGCUCGAGGAAGAGUCGAAGGCUUCGCUGGCAGCAGAAUGCAAUGAGCGCAUCGAUGCGUUGACUGCCUGUUUCGAUGAGUCCGAGCGAAGUCGAAAGUGUUUAGAGGACGUGAAUGAGAAGCGUCUCGAGACGUUGAUUGGAGACAACGCCCAGAUGACCGAGCGUACGAAACGUAUUGAGGCGGCCCAAAAGGAUCAACAGCUCGGCCUUCCGGAGCGAAUGAAUGAAGAGCUCGAUGCCGUGAAGAAGCAGCUGGAAAUCUUGGCUGCGACUGUCGGAGACAACAACCUGGACAUUCAGCAGAUGAAAACAAGCGUGGAAUCGCUGGACAAGCGAAUCGAUGUUUCCAGUGAGGACUGUCAGGAGCGGGCGAAGCAAGAGUGCCAAGUGCUGGAGCAGAGAUUGCACGAGCGCUUGCACAAGGCGGAAAAGUAUCUUAAGAGUCUCAAGCACAAGGGAGAGGCGGAGGUCACGCGAGUGGAUGGCUUGGCUGCGCGUAUCGAGGCUCAGCGGCAGGAAGAGAGCGGGCGAUGGGCGAACUUAGCUGCACACAUUGGAUCUCAGUCGGUGGCAGAGGAAGCGCAGUCGGACGGGCCAUCUUCGCGAAUCGUUCCUCAGCGGCAGGCAGAGAGUGAGGGGGUCGAUGACUUAUUCACGCGUGUUGCCAGUCCUGAUGUGGCCGCAGCUUCUAGACCGACAACCGAAGCGGUCACUCACCCAGAUCGAGAGAUUCCAGAUCCAGAGUUCGUCGAUGAAGCCAGCGAGGCGGAUGACAUGCGCACAUCGACCACCCGAAUCACGAGAGCGACGACAUCUCAUCAUCGGACGCCGGUGACCGAAGCCAUGGACACUGUCGCAUCCCGCGACUCGGAGCAUGCAAGCCCGCCCUACAGUAGGCCAACUCGAAGGGAAAGGGAGAUGAAGAGCCUCAAAGAUAGCUUAGGUUGGACGCAAGCGAUAGAGCGUAUGCGGACGGUCGAUACGGAGAUGGCGGACGCGGACGUGACGGAUGCGAGCGAAGGCCCACGUCGCAGCGCGCGUGAACCGAAGCCAGUCGAGCUCCCGGGCGACAUGUUGGAUUGGCAUGCAGCUCGAGAACGGAUGAAGGGGCAGCGGUCGGAGGCAGACGUGCGGAGUAGAGAGAGGCCGCGCAAGAUCAUCGCGCAUGCCCCACGCAAGGCCGUCACGUCAUGCAAGACUACACGGGACAAGUCGACUCGAGGGAAAGUGCCGAGACCAAGGAGGUGCACGGAGAAGCGCAAGUGUGGCAAAGGCAGCGGUUGA